UUAGCAUGCAGAUAUCCCAAACCUGAGAUUGUCAUUGUGAAGCGUGCAAAGGAGAUAUCAUCAGCAGAGACCUCUGAUAAUUUUGAAAAAUUGGAAGCUCUGCCACCUACCCCAGGACAGCUGAGAUAUGUAUUCAUCCACAAUGCGAUACCUUUCAUAGGGUUUGGCUUUUUGGAUAAUGCAAUUAUGAUUGUUGCAGGAACCCAUAUCGAGUUAUCUAUUGGAAUUAUUUUGGGAAUUUCAACGAUGGCAGCUGCUGCUUUGGGAAAUCUUGUGUCUGAUUUAGCUGGACUUGGACUUGCAGGCUAUGUUGAAGCUUUGGCUUCCAGGUUAGGCCUGUCAAUUCCUGACCUCACACCAAAGCAAGUUGACAUGUGGCAAACACGUGUUAGUACACAUUUGGGCAAAGCUGUUGGGGUGACUAUUGGCUGCAUUCUAGGAAUGUUUCCUUUGAUUUUCUUUGGAGGAGGUGAAGACGAUGAAAAACUGGAAAUGGAAAAUUCAUCCUCUUAGAGUACCUAUAAAAAGAUGUAAACUAAUGUACCUCAGUUAUUAAAUAUAUGCUGUCACAACAUUUAGGAAUUAAGACAGUAACAAUGUAUAGAUAUGGGAUCAAAUAAUUCAGCAUGUGUUAUGGAAAACACUAACUUAUUGUGGCUUGGUCUUCUUAAGACAUCUUUUUAAAAGAAACUCUUUAGUAUCAUUUUGUGUAAAUUGUUGAGAUGCUUUUUUUCAUCAAUGGCUGUCAACAAUUUUAUCUUUUCCUUCUCUUUCUUUGUAUAUCAAAAUAUUAUUUAAGUCUCAGUUGUUGAUGUACUGUACUGACUUGGGGUUUGCUUAUUUGUUACUUAACAUGUAUACAUGCAUGAAAGCUUUUUUUUUUUUUUUUUUUUUUUGCGCUGUUGUUUCUUGAUAGUUGCACUUCAACCUAAGGGUAUUUUCCCAAAUUAUUUAAGAUGUUUAAUAUCAGUUAAAAAUUUUUUUACUCUUUUGGCAACAUCAAUUUUGUACUCUUUCACAGUAAACAUUUACAGUAUAUAAUUUCAGUCAUUUUCUUAACUCUCACAUCUAUUCAAAAUAAAUACAGGUUUUAAGUAUAUAUUAUUCAUUUUAAUUUUCUGACCAUACCGUCUUAAGAGCCAGGGGUUAAACAGAGCAAUUACAGUCUCCCUCUUUAAAAAAACAUAGAUGCUAACAAGUGUACUUAUUUAUGUUUUUUUUUUACCUUUAAUUUCCUUAUUGUGAAUAAUUACAUCACAGGUUCAGACUCUUUAGGGGCAGAAAAUUAUUAUUUUACAGUCUUUUAAAUUAGAGAUUGUGGAAUCAAGUGAACUAAGGAAUUUGACAUGAUACUUGGAAAUUAAGAAGCUAAAAUUUCUUUUUUUUAGAGAAGUAGAAAAUAGAAAAGUUUGUGGUAUAAGUGUGAAGUUUAUGUUUGGAAGUUUAAUGAGAUACAAAUUAUUGCUUAGGAAGGAUUUCCAUCCCCCACAAAGUAGUAUCUUCUCAUCUGAAUACCCCAUCCUUAUAAUCCUAACCUUGUUAUAUUUUGUGUAGUGAAUUUUAUUUCUGGAUAAUUUCUUUUGAAGUGAAAACUGAAUAUUUUAUAUUUUGUUUUUGUUAUGUAGUCUAGUCAAGUUACAUGAGGUAAAAUCCUUUCUCCCAUUUUUAGUGUUUCUUUUUCUUUUGUGGCAUUUAAAGCAUAUACUUGGUUAAAAUCGCUUAUUUUCACUCUUAUAUAUCUGACCUAAGUAUACCUGUGUCUGAAUCCUAAAUUUUAAUUUUUGAACUGUUAAAUUUUUUAGCAUAUAGCUUGUUACUUGUGCUAAAAAUUACUCUUAUUUGUAACAGAAUAAUUAAAUACAUCAUGGAAGAAAAAAAUUAAAAUUUACUAUUCUGGUUUUGAAAUUAUGUUGCUAAAUAGAUGCAAAAGACAAACUUGUAGGAUGGCUAUAUUUAGGAAUCUUAUUUUGAAGUUUCAUUUGCACAUAAUUACUUUGAGCUCUCAUUUUCAGGGAGAUUUUUUUUCCACCAGAAAAUUUGUCAUAAAUUCUCUUCUCUGUACUUCACAGUAAUUUAGUGCUGAUAUCCAUUAAUCAUAGAUUUUGCGGGAAGAAGGAAAAUAUGUAACAUAAAAAUAAAUAUAUAAAAUUCUUAGGCCAAGUAACACGACAUUCUCAUUUGAUCAAAUUUAGAUUUAACAACCUGAUAUCUUGAAGAAAAUUAUCUUAAGGAUAUAAUAUUGUAUCUCACAUGGACACCAAAAAUAAUUUUUUUUUAAAUUUUAGUUUGCUAGGAUUAGAGUGCUUAUUUAAUUUUUUUGAUAAAAUAUAAGUGCUUUUGUCCCUAAAUUAUAUAUUGAUUGCUGUCCUGUUUAUUUUUAAGUAUUUUAUUAUGGUACUUGGCUUUUCUUUUUAUUAAUCAAAUCUCAUCUCCAGAAAAUCAACCUAUAAGUUUAGAAAGGGCUUUUUUUGUAACUGGGGAUUGAACUCAGGGGCACUGGCCCUGAGCCACAUCCCCAGCCCUAUUUUGUAUUUCAUUUCAAGACAAGGUCUCACUGAGUUUCUUAGCACCUUGCUUUUGCUGAAGCUGGCUUUGAACUUUAAGUCCUUCUGCCUCAUCCUCACGAGCCAUUAGGAUUACAGAUGUGCACCACCUCACUCAGUUUAGAAAGGACUUUUGAUUAUUGAUUUCCUUUUUUUUUGCUCUUGAAAAUAAUCCAGCCCUGUCAUUAAUUUAGUUAAUAAUGGAAUCUCUAAAUUUAAUUGAAAAUUAAAAUUCAAAAUUAUUUAAGUGAUCAAAACAUGGAAUAUAACCUUCACAUUUUAAGAUGUUUUAAUUUUUAGUCACAAUAAAAGUUUGAAUCAUUCAGGUAAAUGAUUUUCAAAAAAUGAAACCCUUUUGACAUAACUGAAGGUAUACAUUUUUUUUCAAGGUCUUAUUCUGCUUUAAGGCAGUGCUUUGCACAAAGUGAUUUCUGAGAAAUGGUUCUCUUUAAAGUAAUAACUCCAUGUGAUCCUUAUUUUGUUACUUGCCACAAAGAAUCCUAUUUCAGAUUGAAACUGGAACUCUUUGUUUCUCUUGUGUUAACUGUUUCUCUAUUAGGAACACUAGAGCUGUGGUUAAUGCAACAUGACCUGCUUCAGUAUUGUCUGCUUGAAAUUCAUGUUGUCCCUGUAUUAUGAUUUAUUGACUUGUUGAUGCAUGUAAACUGAGUGCAUUUUGUUGCACUGUAUGUUAAAUGGUGACCAAUGUUUUUACAAAGGAAUUGAACAAAAAAAAUCUUUUAAGAAAUUUGGAAUGUGGUUUGAUUUUAAAAUUUGAUUUUCUUUCUAAUCUUAGAGAGUCUUGGUUAUUCUGUCAUUAAAGGGAAUUGAUUAAUAAAUGCAGAUUUGUUACAAGGUGGGAAUAACAUCACUGAGACAGUAAAUGGAACUGCUGAUGACCACCUCUGAUAUCCACAAUUGACAUUAUCUCCUUACAGAGUAUAAGAGGAGUGAUCCCAUAAAAAAGUUGCAAAAGAGGUUGGAUAAAUCAUACUGUUUGGGUGUUUACUGCAGAGAUAUCCAAACCAUUUAUUUAACAAUGCCUGGUUUAUUUUAUUCUUUUUCUCUAGAAGGUAAAUUUUGAAGACAAUGGAAGUUUAUACUUUACAUCAAAAGAUCAUAUAAACUACUUGGAAGUAAACCUGAUUAAUUUAAAAUUAUUUUUCUUCAGUGCUGAGGAUUAUACUGUGUGUGGGCCUCUCUCAUGUAGGCAAGCACUCUUAUCACUGAACUACACCUCCAGCCCCUCAUUUUAAAAUUACAUAUUCUUCCCAUCUGAAAACAGUAUAUUAAAGGUAAUACAACUUUUUUCUUAGUGGCUUGUCAUCUUCUUCACGGAUGUAAUUAUUGUGCUGUAAUGUAUUAUUACCUUGGGAAUUUAGUUUUUGUGUUUUUCCAUCUUUCCUGCUUUUUUUUUUCUCUUGCUUUUGGCAGCUAUUUUAUUUCUCGAGUCUGCUUCUUUUUCAGUUUCAUGAACUUAGAAAGUAGAUAGCAGUCUUAACCAUAAAUUAAUUGGGAAGUAUUAGAAAAUAGGCUUUGGAACCUAUGUGGGAUGGUGGUAAUGAUAUUAACAACAGUAUGAGCUCCCUUUUAUUAAACACUUAUCUGUUGCUGUAUACUUAAGUAUUUCACACGUUACCGCAUUUAAUCACCAUAACAACAACAUUGUUGGUGCUAUUACUAUCCCUAUAUUAUAAUGAGUAAAUGAGGCAUAGCAAGGUUAUUUUCCUAAUGAUGUCACUAUUACAAGCAGAUUGGAAUUCAGCUUUGUCUAUGUGUAAAGUCUGCGUUCUUAACUACUAUAUUAAAGGGAUGUCAGUUUCAAGGAC